GAUUAAAUUAAAGAGGAUAAUAAUGAGGGUACAUACGUAUAGUUAAACUGUAUCUAUCAUCUUUGACCCUUUUCUUCUACAUUGAUGGCGGAGCAAACGGCGGUUACCGGCGGCGAUCUCACAAUGGAACCGGCAUUGGCCGUCUUUCUUUGAUCUCAUUUUUCAUCUAAUUUCAUCAGGUAAGACUUGGUUGAUGUGAUCAACAGAUAUGUCCUUCAAGAGCAUUGUCCGUGAGCUGCGGGAGAUGAAAGAUGGGAUAGGGAAUAUAUCAAGGAGGAGACUGGAAGGAAGGCACUUGCGCAACAGAACCCGAUCUCAUAUAGCCCCCGAUGUGGCCCCUUUUGAACCAAGUGAACAAGGGCAAUGGGCAAAUUUACCACCGGAGCUUCUUUUGGAUAUAAUCUGCAGGGUAGAAGAGAGUGAGACAACUUGGCCUGCUCGAACUGUGGUUCUCUUUUGUGCAUCUGUUUGCAAGUCAUGGAGAGAAGUUACAAAAGAGAUUGUCAAGACUCCUGAGGAAUGUGGCAGACUUACCUUUCCCAUUUCACUGAAGCAGCCUGGUCCCCGUGAAAACCCGAUCCAUUGCUUUAUCAAACGGGACAGAGAUAAUUCAGUUUAUCGCCUCUACCUUGGCUUGACCCCAUCUGAGGAUGAGACUGAUAAACUAUUGCUGGCUGCCAGAAGGAUCAGGAGGGCAACCAGCACAGAUUUUGUAAUUUCAUUGGUUGCAGAUGAUUUUUCUCGAGCAAGCAAUACAUACCUUGGGAAAUUGAGGUCUAACUUUCUUGGGACCAAGUUCACCAUAUAUGAUAGCCAACCUCCCAGUGAUGCAUCUAUUCAAGAACGUAGUCAACGUAGUAGGAGAUUCUGCGCAAAGAAGGUAUCUCCAACAGUACCUGAAUACAACUACAGUAUCGCCAACAUCUCCUAUGAACUCAAUGUUCUCCGUACAAGAGGACCUAGGAGAAUGCAUUGUGCAAUGCAUUCUAUUCCUUUCUCUGCUAUCCAAGAGGGAGGCAGUGCUCCAACACUAACAUCAUUCCCUCAGUCUUUUGGUGUAAAGGCAACUCCUCCAUCAGUUUUAGAUUCCAAAGAGACAGCUAAAGAUGUCAGUUCACCUAGUAUUUCAAGUUCAACAGUGCCAUUGCCUCUUGGAGAGUCCCUUGUGCUUAAAAACAAGGCCCCGAGAUGGCAUGAACAGUUGCAGUGCUGGUGCCUAAAUUUUAAAGGUCGUGUUACAGUGGCUUCUGUAAAAAAUUUCCAGCUAGUAGCAGCGGUUGCUCCUCCUCACAAUAUACCUGCCGAGGAACAAGAAAAAGUAAUUUUACAGUUUGGAAAAAUCGGAAAAGACAUAUUCACCAUGGAUUACCGGUAUCCACUAUCUGCCUAUCAAGCCUUUGCAGUCUGCUUGAGCAGCUUUGACACAAAACCAGUCUGUGAAUGAUUUCUGAAUUAAUGUUUUCCAUUUUCAGUCAUAUUUAUAAAUUAGGAUUUUCGUAGUGCGACGUGCAGCUUCUCUAACAGUAGCUGUGUAGAUAGAAGCACCUGUAUCAAUAUGUAUUGUACUAGUGUUCAUCAUGCUGAAGCAGCAUUAAUCUCCAAAGCCACUUGAGAUAUGGAAAAUAUCGGUUAACCUACUAUUACAAGUUAAGUUUCUGAA